AUAACAGCAAUCCAUGAGUUAGUUUUGCUAAUAUGGGUACCAGUUACUUGCAUUGGAUUGUGCCUCAAAUGCUAAGUUCAAUUUUUUUAAACAGUGACCAGGUACACAACCAAAGCAUGGCUUGCUGUCAUACGUUGUCCUGAGACUGCUUACAGGGUAAGGAAACUAAUGUAAUUUUCUAAUUUGGGUGAACUAUCCCUUUAAGUGUAUUUGAUAGAAACUUAAUCAGGAGUUCAAUGUUUUGAUUAAAUCCAAACUCUGGACAGCAUAUGCAGACUUUUCUGGCACAUCAGAAAUGUACCCUAACUAGAUUAUGCAAGUAAAGUUAGGCCUACUCUGAUUUUUACUGUGCAGUCUUUAUAGUCCCAAGCCAGAGCAGCUGAAACGUACCAUCUUGCAACAUGUUGAAAUGGGAUUUUGAUCUCAAGGGACUGUACGAAGUGAUGCAAUCCUCUGAUGUGAUGAGGAACUUGACAUAAUUUCUAGUCUUGAGUUUGAAUAGUCUCUCUGCUCUAUCGGUGUAUAAAAACCAACACACCAGGCUUUAAUAAUAUUUUUGAACUGUUAUUUAUAAAUGUGGCAUCGGCAGUCAAUCAAUGUUCACUUAUAGGCUAGCUAUAUCAGUGGUUCAUAUCAGUGGUUCAUCAUUUGGGGAAGUUUUCAAGUCUUUCCUUGUUAGUUUCACUUUCAAAAGGGAGGGGUAAGUUGCUUUUUAGUAAUUGUUCUAUAUUAAUAUUUGGACUCUCUAUUUGUAUAUUUUACAUUACAUAUUUUUACAUUCGUUUUACACUUUGUGCCACCUUAAUGUCACUGAUGCCAUGCCUUUUUUUGUAAUAAUCAUGUAAUUACACAUGUUAUAUGUUAUCUUGUGAUCUUAGUGGCGUCGUAGGUUAUUAUGGAAUUUUGCUGUGUUUUGGGAAGCCCAAUAUCACAUCAUAAACAAAUAUAUUUAUGCUAUUUAUUUUCUACUUAUGUUGACUUAAUAAUUAGAAUAGAAUAACAUACAAUUCAAUAACAUACAGCAACAUUUAUAGUUGACAAGUUUGUUUUAUAGCCUAAGCUACAAUGUCACAUGAUUCUUUUUAGGCUUACAUCAAGUUUUGAAGUCAUAAUAUUUGAAAUUCUUAAUGAUAUUUCCUGUUUUAGGCCAUGUGGAUCUGUAUUGUGCCUUUUUAUGCUGAAAACAAUUCCUCAAUUUAUGAAAGGGAAAGGGAAAGAAGAGCUUCACCCACUUAUUAAAACCACUUCCAUAUUCAAACCACUUCACUUGUGAGUCUUGUGUGUUAUUGAAUAAGUGGACAAUAGACAAAUAUUUUCUGUUAAACCAGUCACGCCAAGAGUGAGUCUCCCCAGUCCCCACAAUGGCGGUGGGGCCAUGCAGUAUAUCCCUACAGGAGCAUCGUGUGCAACUGGUGGAGAGCUGGAGCCAAAAUGUCACCCACCUCCAGGAGCUUCUUUACCAGGUAGGGGCUCUUACUGAGGAGGACCUCAGCCUGGUGAGAGGAGGAGGUCACCUGGGGGUGAGGGACUCCAUGAGGAAUCUGCUGGAUGUGUUACACGGGCGUGGAGAGGAAGCCUGUCGAGCAUUCUUUCAUGUUCUACAGUCACAGAGAGCCAACAAGGAGUCUGAGUCUAUGCUAACUGCUAUCCCACCUGAGGGCUCUGGACCCAGCAGCAGUGGCUCUGGUCCAACCAACAUGCAGGAGCACUUGAGGAAGCACAAGGACAUAUUAGGCAGGCAGCACAGUCCUGUUGAUUACCUUAGUAUCAAGACUAUUAGGUGUAGUAGUUCAGAGAGUAGUGAUGAGUCUUGUUCCUUUACAGAUAUCACAUUGUCCAGGUGCGUGGGCUACACUGUUCCCCUGCAGUACCACCAGCACGAGGUAGCCAUGGUGGGUGAUGCCUUCCGGAGCCAGGACCAGGUCUGUACCUUUCAAGAUGUCUGCCAGAGUCUGCUGUCUGUUCCAGGAGAGGACGUGAGUCUGCUCUCCGGGGUGGCCGGCAGUGGGAAGACCACGGUGGUGAGACGGCUGGUUCAUGAAUGGGCAAAGGACUCUGGAUCCCAGAAGAUAGUCCUGUCCCUAUCCUUCAGAGAGCUCAAUCUGCUCAGUGAGCCUCAGAGCCUGCAGGAGCUUCUCCUGGUGCACUACAGCCACCUCAAACCUGUCCUUCCCUGGGUCAUUGACUCCCAACCUGGCCGGAUCCUACUCAUCUUGGACGGGCUCGAUGAGUUCCGCUUCCCCCUUGAAUUUGAGCGGAGCCCCAAGUGCUCGGACCCAGAGCGGAAGCUGGGCAUGGGGGAGAUGGUGGUGAACUUGAUCAAGGGUCACCUCCUCCCCGGUAUCUCCAUCCUGGUCACAUCGCGGCCCCACGCCGUCUCCAAGGUCCCUCCCCUGCUGGUGACCCAGCUCUACAGCAUCCUGGGCUUCUCUAAAGACCAGCAGAGGCACUACUUUGAGCAGAGCUGCAACUCUCCCCUGGUGGCCUCUGCCAUGUGGGGCUACGUUUCCUCCUACCAGCCCCUCCAGCUCAUGUGUCGUAUACCAGCCUUCUGCUGGAUCGUCUCCACUGCCCUGCGUGAUAGAGCCCCCUGCUGCCUUAGCCAAGUCACCACCACCACUCUGCCCAAUACAGUUAGGACAAUGCCAGCAGGCUCCAGUGAUACCUCCACCUCCAACAACAGGGCUGAAGAAGCCACUCCAACCCCUUCCACUUUCUCCUCCACUGUUCCCAGGGUGAUGUUAAUGAGCGGCCAUGUCAAGCCCAUCACCAUCACAGAGAUCUACUGUUGCUUUCUCAAGUCCAUCCUGGUGUUCCACGGAGAGGGCCACAGUCAGGAAGGCUGCAGCCCGCAGUGUCUCCAGGAGGCCCCGCGGGUCCUACAGGAGAUGCGACCCAUGCUGAGAGACCUGGGAGCCCUUGCCUUCAAGGGCUUGCUGGAGCGACGCUUCCUCUUCGACCAGGCUGAUCUGAGCUCUUUCUCCCUGGACUGCAGUGGGCUGUCCAAGACCUUCCUGGUGGAGAUCCUCCGAGAGGACCGGGCCUCGCUCACCUGCCAGAGGAGCUUCCACUUCAUCCACACUAGUGUACAGGAGUUCCUGGCUGCUCUGUACUACGUCCUGCAGGCCCUCUCCGGCUCAGACCCGUUCUCAGGGCUCAAGUCAGCCGUUGGUGUAGCCCUGUUUCCAGUCGCCCUGCACAAAGUGUUAACCUCCACUGCUGAUAAGCUGCUGAGGCCCAGACGGCUCCUGCGCAGAUAUGUCAAGAAGGCUUUCUCCUGGGGUGGACACCAUCAGUCUGGUCACAUGGACCUCUUCUGCAGAUUUGUAUCUGGCUUAUUGGUACCUCAAACCCGUGUCAUCCUGGAUGGACUAUUCCGAGGCAGAUCACAAAUACUCCCAUCUCCCUCCUCCUCUCUGCCCGUGCCCUCUCCUCCUCCCACCCCUCCCUUUCUUCUGAGCCUGCUCCACUCCCAGCUCCAAUGUGGCAGACUGAGUCCAGAGAGGCAGGUCAACGUGUGCCACUGCCUGUACGAGGCCCAGGACCCAGGCCUGGCCCAGCGUCUACAAGGCUGGCUGCAGGUCCUGGCCCAACAACAGGUGUCAGACCAGUCUGGCCCAGCCAAGAGGGACUGGAGCGAGCUGGCCUUCCUGCUGCAGCUGACCCCAGACCUGCAGGAUCUGAAUCUGGAGGCCCAGGGGCUGGACGCAGAGGGCCUGCGCAGACUGCUGCCUGUACUCCCUCUCUUCAGCACCCUCAGGCUAGCGCAGAAUCCACUGGGUCCAGAGGGGGCAGUUGUGUUAGCCUGUGCCAUGCAGAGCCCAGACUGCCGUGUCGAGAGACUGUGGGUGGUGGGAACAGGACUGGGUUGUAAGGGACUCAAGGUGCUUACAGAAGGACUGAAAGACAACCACACAGUGGUCGACCUCAGGAUGGCCAUCAAUCACAUUGGCGAUGUGGGAGCAGGCUGUCUGGCGGAUCUACUGCGGACCAAUCAUACACUUAAAGAUAUCAGGCUCCGUGACAAUCAGAUUACUGAUAAGGGAGCAUUACUCCUCCUGGAAGCACUGACUGAGAAUACCACUCUGGAACAGCUCUGGAUGUUUGACAACAAGUUGUCGAAAGAGGGAGUCAGGAAGCUGAAGGAGUUCGCCAAGAGCACAUCUCAUCUGGACAUCAAAGUGUGCAUCUGAUUUCAUCUGCCUUUCCUGUGGCUGAUGAUAGACUCUAAGUACUUUAUCAUUGGUGGAUGGUGUAGUUGUUUAUAAUCUGUGUCGUAUGGUACUUUUGCACAUAUACAUGGUAUGAAAGAUGUUAUUAGUAUUUCAUUCUUAUUUUUGUUCAAUCAACUAAGAGUUUACAUUUCGUUGUCUGGUUUUAGUAGGUCAAUGAAUGUAGCCAUAGGUCAAUGAAAUUGUCUGCAAUAGGUUUACACGCUUUUUCAAUAGUUUGCAUUCUUAUGUGUCAGAAACACCUCCAAGUAAAGAGCUUAAACGUUUAAACAACACUUCCAUGGAUGGCUAGCAGAGAGCAAUAUACCUGCAUAUACACAUGACCUACUGGAAGGCCAGGGUCAUAGUCUACUAUGUGCAAAUGAGAUGAUCAUGGUUCCUCUCUAACAAAGUUGGGCAUUAAUGGUUAACAAUAAUUUGUUGGUACACAACUAAAUUUCACUACCUAAAAUGAAUGUUGAAAUGUAUGAAGUUGAGGGUGAAAAAACGAAAUUGAGAGUAUUUCUUUAUUCUACCACAAGAUGUCCCCCUCAAUAUACACUUUUCUGCAAUGUUUUUGUUUGCAUCCUUCCUAGUCUGGUCCAUGGGGACAUGGCAUUAUCCUUUGUUUCCCAAUAUGUCACGUUACCUGACUAAUAACGUCAAUAAGGUUUUUCUGAUGCCCACUCUUUGAUUUUAUUUCAUGAGGGACAAUGCUACUAUUACUACACAUCUAAUUUUCUAGAUUUUCUCACCUGUGAAGUUAGAAACUCAUAUUACCAUUGUUAUGCACUUUGGAAAA